AUGGAGAAGUUCAGCCAGUUCCGCGAUAAAGGCUCCGGCAUCUCGCCCUUCAUCCCCGUCAAGACGCCGCUCUCCGCGCUCUCCUCCGUCUUCCACGCCUUCCUCUUCCUCAUCCGCCUCCCGUUCUUCAUCACCUACGUCGCGACCUACUUCCUCGUCCUCCACCACCUGCCCUUCCUGCCCGUCGCCGCCCGCAAGAUCCUCCUCUGGGGCAUGAUGGGCAUCCCGGGCAUCUGGUGGGUCGACCUCCAGCUCGACGGCGUCCGCCGCGGCACCCUCGCCGAGCAGCCCCCGCAGCGCUUCCCCCACCCGGGCUCCGUCAUCGCCGCAAACUUCACCUCCCCCAUCGACGCCAUCUACCUCGCCGCCAUCUUCGACCCCAUCUUUACCGUCUCCUACCCCAACACCCGCUCCGUCGAACGCAUCUCCCUCCUCCGCGCCGUCCUCUACGCCCUCUCCCCCGUCCGCUUCGCCCCCCGCCAGGGCGCAAAGCUCACCGACCUCGCCGCCCUCCUCGAGCGUUACCCCGACCGCGUCGUCGCCGUCUUCCCCGAGGCAACCACCACAAACGGCAAGGGCGUCCUCCCCUUCACCCCGUCCCUCCUCGCCGCCAAGCCCGACGUCCACAUCUUCCCCGUCAGCAUCCGCUACACCCCCGCCGACGUCACCACCCCCGUCCCCGGCCGCUGGUUCAAGUUCCUCUGGGAUCUUCUUUCUCGCCCAACCACCUGCAUCCGCGUCCGCGUCGCCGAGAGCAUUCUCAACUCCUCCGCCGCCCAGACCAACGGCGUGUCAUCCUCCCACGACACCGGCUCCUCCGCGCAGCGACGCAUGGGCGGCGAGCCUACGGGGCUUUCCGCCGAGGAGCAGCGCGUGCUCGACAAGGUCGCCGAGGCGCUGGCCAGGCUGUGCCGGAACAAACGUGUGGGCCUGACGUUGAGAGACAAGGCUGCCUUCGUCGAAGCAUGGAGCGGAAGGAAAAAGUGA